CCAAAACUUAAAUCUAUUAUAACUCUUGUGCAAUGCAAUGACAAACCACAGCUGAUACAAUAUUUCCACUAUUAUUGAAAUAAAGCAAUGAUGAUGGUUUAUAAAUAAAUCUCAGGUACGAAAUUCGAUAUUAAAUUAAGCAAAGUAUUUAACGGUUCGGAGUCUUCUUGGAUUAAAAAUUACUCGCGUGUUUUUAGAAGAUUAGAGGAACAUGUGGAAAAUGGGAUGUGUUGUAGUGAUUGUGCUUUUCGCUAUUAGUUUUCCUGUAGGUUUUGGUUUUCCCUAUGACGAAUUGAUGCAGGAACAGAACGAUGACACUGCUCUUGUUGAAAGUACGAUUAGAGAAGCUAGAGCAGUUAGACCUCAACAUAUACAUGAUCUUUUAGCACCCGGUGUAAAAGAGGCAUAUCUUCAUACAUAUGGUGACGAACCAGGUGCGGAAGCUAACGUUCAAGGUUAUGUGAAAAAAAUGAAUGACAAAGGUGAUGAUGGUUACAAACAUUUUGAUAGUUAUCACAAGAAAGAUUCCGAUAAAUUUGGAUUUGAGGUUCAUUCUGAAUUUGGUAAAUUAGAUAAAGCAGAUGUAGACACUGAAAGCGGAAAGCAAGAAGAAUCUAAAGAAAGCAGCGAGAAAGAUGAUACUGAAGAGACUAAAAAAGCCUAUAAAGUAGUUGAAGACCCAGAAAGUGGAAGUAACUUUAACUACUUUGGAGAAGGUGAAUCUGGGGAAUCUCAGAAUUAUGCUGAUGGAGAAUUAGAAGCCAAAGAAGAAAAGGAAGAAGAAAAAGAAGAAGAAAGUAGUCCAUACUCUAGUUAUACUGAUGGUGAUGGCGAAACUGAUAGUUACGACGAAGAAGAAAAAUCUUCCUAUUCCUCCAGUGCAGACGACGGCGAUGAGGAAUCGGAAGGAUAUAAUGAAGAAGGCGAUGAAGAAGAAGAAUAAUAUUAAUAAUAAUAAUUAUAGUUAUUUAUUAAAUAUAAG